UUGGAGGCAAAGGCCAUCGCUGCGGGGCUUUUGCCGCCUUCAAUGGAUGAAUUGGAUCUGGCUCAAACCCUUGCCUCCGCCGUCUAUUCCUCUCACUCAACGCGUGCAUCGAAGGUUGUGGAGGAUGAAUUGUGCGCUCAUUUGGCCUCGUAG